UUCCAUUGAGAAGAAGAGGGAAAGAUGGCGUCCUCUAACAAUCCGCGCAAAUUUAGCGAAAAAAUCGCUUUGCAUAAUCAAAAGCAGGCGGAGGAGACUGCCGCUUUUGAAGAAGUGAUGAAGGACUUGAACAUCACCAGAGCCGCUCGGUUGCAGUUACAGAAGACCCAGUAUUUGCAACUAGGGCAGAAUCGUGGACAGUACUAUGGAGGCUCACUGCCCAAUGUCAAUCAGAUUGGGAAUGGCAACAUUGACCUGCCUUUUCAGAACUCUGUGCUGGACACCAGUCGGACAAGUAGGCACCAUGGACUUGUGGACCGUGUUUACCGCGAUCGUAACCGCAUCACGUCUCCUCACCGUCGCCCACUCUCAGUGGACAAACACGGUCGCCAAAUUGACAGCUGUCCCUACAGUUCAGUUUACCUCUCCCCACCGCCAGACACAAGCUGGAGAAGGACGAAUUCGGAUUCGGCUUUACACCAGAGCGCCAUGAACCCGAAGCCCCAGGAAGUGUUUUCAGGAGGAUCUCAGGAACUGCAGCCUAAACGAGUUCUGCUGCUGACGGUGCCUGGGACGGAAAAUUCAGAGUCCGAUGCAGACAAGGAUGUACAGAAUCAGCUGUGGGAUGACAAGAAGGAUGAUGCAUCUCAGCCUAAUACCUGUGAUGUCCCAGGAAUCAAUAUAUUCCCAUCACCAGACCAGGAAUUGAGCCCGUCUGUGGUCCCAGCUGCUCACAACACUGGUGGUUCGCUGCCGGAUCUGACUAACAUCCAGUUCCCUCCUCCGCUGUCCACACCACUUGACCCCGAGGACACCGUGUCCUUCCCCUCGCUCAGCUCAGCCAACAGCACGGGCAGCCUGACCACUAACCUCACCCACCUGGGCAUCAGUGCUGCAAGUCAUGGGAUCACCACUCCUUCUCAGCCUUCCAUGACUGUAACGGGCCAGCGCAGGCAGCCACCUGUGGUGCCACUUACUCUCACCUCUGACCUCCACCUCCAACAGUCCCCACAACAGCUCUCACCCACACUCUCCUCACCUGUUAAUAUUACACAGGCUUUGCAAACGGAAACAUUAACUUUGGAGCAGCAGCUUUCCCAGUACCCCCUGUUCAACCAGCUGACGCCGCAAGCCCAGGCUCAGCUACUCAGUGACCUCCAGAAACAGCCGGCGCUGCCACAGGGCAUCCAGCUCAUUGCUCUGCCCACUCUGACCUCGUCCGGGACAGCCACUGCAAGCAGCCCCUCCCCGGACAGCCAAACCACCGCCAGCAUGAGCAUCAGCUCGUAUCGCAAUCAGACUGGCUCACCAGCCACUCAGUCUCCAACCUCCCCAGUCUCCAAUCAAGGCUUCUCCCCUGGAGGCUCGCCUCAACACAUUCCUGUGGUGGGCAGUAUAUUUGGCGACUCCUUCUAUGAUCAGCAGCUGGCAUCGAGGCAGACCAAUGCACUUUCUCACCAGCUUGAGCAGUUCAACAUGAUUGAAAGUCCCAUCAGCUCGUCCAGCCUUUUCAGCCAAUGCUCCACCCUCAACUACACGCAGGCAGCCAUGAUGGGCCUCACCGGCAGCAGCUUGCAGGACUCGCAGCAACUUAACUACAGUAACCAUGGCAACAUCCCCAACAUCAUUCUAACAGUCACAGGUGAGUCUCCGCCCAGCCUCUCUAAAGAGCUGACCAACUCUCUGGCGGGUGUUGGUGAUGUCAGCUUCGAUGCCGACUCCCAGUUCCCCCUGGAUGAGCUGAAGAUAGAUCCACUCACACUGGAUGGACUCCACAUGCUCAAUGACCCUGACAUGGUGCUCGCUGACCCCGCCACAGAGGACACGUUCAGGAUGGACAGACUGUAGCAAGGCUGUGUUGGAGCAAAGAGGAAUAAAACAAAAACACUAACGUGAGUGAAGAGAAACAAAGGGCAGGAUGAACCCUCUCCCUCGUUGCAUGGCCGUCCAGCUGUAUGACUCUUUGAAAGAUGCGCCACCAAAAAACACAACGGGGAAAAAGUCGUCCAUUGGCUUGCAACGGGAAUGGCCUCGCUGUUGUUUUGAUAAAGAUUGGUUGCUCGGCGCUUUCGCUAGCCUACUCUUGUUUACAGUGCUCCAUUACAUGCCACAUAUAUUUAAAAAAAUGCACAUUAUAGCCAUUUUCUUUUCAUAUCCACAUUAAUUUGAAUCGUUUUUGCUUGUAGCAGGAAGCUGCUAAUUUAUUGGGUAAAAUAAUUGUUUUGGCUAUGUAUAAAAGAGGAGGAAGCCGGUUUACUCACUACCCCUCAAACAAGUUCUCCUACCAUAGCAUGAUGACUUUCUUUUUGACACUCAAAGCUUUAUUUUUGACAACCAAAUGUUAUUUUCAUCUUGUAAAUGUUUUUAUGCUUUGUGUAUUUAUGUUUUAUUUAUUUAUUUAUUUGGUCAAAGGGUUGAUAUUUUAUAACUUACAUUUGAUGCCAAACUGUCUGUAGGCGGAGUGUAAUGUUACACAUAAAUUACAAACACAUAAAUGUUUUUUUUAAUUAUUACUUUAAGCUUUUACUUGGGAAACGAAGGAGUGCAAAACCUCCCCAUAGUUGCUCUUUUGGUGUUAGUUGUGCCAUUAUGUUAUAUUGUGCUGCAGUUCAACAAGCAAAUCUAGAAAUCAGUUCUAAGCACCACGUCAGGUGGACUUUACUGGGAUUACCACUCAUCAGGAAAUUCAAUUUAACCAAAAGUGCAACAGAAUUCAUUCUCAGCAAGAAAAAUAGCCAUUAUAUGCACUAUAUUGCCAAAAGUAUUGACUUAGCCAUCCAAACAAUUUAUUUCACCUGUUCCAAUGUGUGUAUACAAUACAAUGAGGAGUGAGGUGACAGUUGUGAGUUUAUAGAAAAUCACCAGAACAAUAUGUCCAGUUGUGACAUUUAUUGACCACUAAAUAUUCCUCUCUACGGCGCCCCCUAGGGGACAUGGGAAUUUUUUUUUUCUUUUGCGUCCCCUCGCAAAACGUUUGCGUAACACAAUACUUCUGCGUUACCUCGCAAAACGCAAGGGGAAGCAAAAGUAUUGUGAGGGGACGCAAUACUUUUGCGUCCCCAAAAACUGGAUUAGAAAGUUUGGUGUGGAAGAUCAGGACUGGCCUGCACAGGGUCCUGACCUCCCUUUAGGAUGAAGUAGAGUGGCGUUCAUGGGCAUAUGCCAUGUUCCUUUUACCUUGAAAGUCUGAACUUGAAGCUUUGCUUUACCUCACACUCAAGUGUUCCAGUUAACAUAGUGUGAGAAGUCCUGUUUGAGACGUGGCGAUGCCCAAGUAGACCUUGCUUGCAGUACCUCUUGCGAUCUUUAUUUGAAGAUUUACUUUCCAUAAGCAAACACCACUCUUAAUUUUAGCUUCUAGUUGAGGGCACUACGUGUAACAUUGAGUUUAUCCACACACUUUCAAGUUUGUCUUGUAAAAUAAAAAUGUUUCCACUUCAGCUUACGACUGUUGAUAACAGCCAUGUUGAAACUGAAAGUCAACUUUACAAAUAGCCUUGACUGGGAAGUGUGUCUUCAGGGGCCAUUGACAUCGAUUUUUCAGACGGGGAAGUCAGAAUUUCGGAGUUCUGUCUCCAAAUGUAACAAACCAUAUAGACUUUUGAUAGAUUCACAUGAACACACUCCUAGACCUUGUGGAAAUCCUUCCCCUAAGAAUCGCAGCCAGAAGAGCUGCAAAAGGCAGGCUGAUAAAAUUAACCAUGUGAAUUAACUAUGGGAUGUCACUCAAGGUCAUAUAAGUAUUAAGAGCCAAACCAGGAAAUACUGAUGGCAAUGUAGUUUAUAUUUAAGCUGAGAAGUUCACUUGAAAAGUAAUACAUUUGUUUUUAAACCAGAGAACAUUUAAAUCUGAAUAUUUUUCAGUCACUGUGAAAUCACCUGAUUUUGCCUUACAGUAAUAUUGUGCUUUUCUUCUUCAGUGUUUUAUGUGACGACGUAUUUUCCUAACUGAAUAUUUGACCUCUUCUUGUAUUUGAGACAAACUUUGGUCAGUCAGUAAUCUUUGUGAUUAUGUAGAGUGUAAACAAAUCGAUGUACUGUAUUUUGUAGCUGUACACUUGAUAGCCAAAUUGUUUUUACGUGGGACAAAAAGAAAACGGGAAAAAACAAAGGUCCAAGAAAUUAUGUAAAGAGUGCAAUUAUGGGGAGGCUUUAUGCUCCUUUCCAGGGGGUCUCUAACAAAAACGCAACUAAAGUUAAAUACAGAGAGAGGAAUCCGAAGUCAAGUGAAGUGUUUUAAGAUGCACGCUAAGAUUUUUAAGAGACUUCUCUUGAAUGUUUAUAUCCUCUAUUUGGUUAGAUUAGGUGCAUAAAAGCUAGCUAAAGAUCUCUUUAAGAUGAACUCUUAAGUGUAAUUAUGUAAAAUGUGCAAUGUUUCAAAAACUCAAAUCUGCCUUGUUUGUUCAGUCUCGGAAGCAGCAGAAAUAGCUUCAAAAACAAAACUUCAAGACUUUCAAGCCAAACCGUUCACAUUGUCAUCUGCAAUGAGUUCUGACCUUUGUUGCCAAAAUGUUUCCAGUUGCACGGCUGUUGUUGACAACACUACCUUUGCAUUCAGUGCCAACUGGUCUGCCUCAGCCUUUUUGUCAGAGUUUCCCUGAAAGGCUUCUGUGGAUUUUUGGGAUCAUUUUUGGCUAACUUUAAUGUUCAGGUGUAAAUGUAUUGAAAUUUUUACAGACUGUCUAAACACGCCCAAGAUGGGAAUUACACCCAUCUGUUGUGUGGUUUAAAGCAUUCAUUGUGUCUCGUAGACAGCUCCAUCAGCAGUUUUGUUUGCCUUCAGCACACCCUGACUCCUAUGCAAAUGAGAUGACAAAAAAUCUAUGGAACUUAAAGGAAAAAUCCAACUUCCUCCAUAUGCUCAGCUGGAUUUAUUCUUCUGAAGCAGAAUAUUGGAGGGAUUUUUACUUAAACGUCUAUGAAACUCCUCUGAAAGCUUUGACAGACAUGGUCAUUAUGGGCUGCUUUUUGUAAAAAAAAUAAAAUAACAAAAAAAGCUAAUUGCCGAGGCUUUCACUGAAAACUUAAUUUGGCCCAAUUCAAGCCAAAAUCUAUUGGUUGUAGGUUGUAAAAUAUGGUAAAAACGACUUUUGAUGCUUGAGUGCAGAACGGGAAUGUUUUGGUGGCGGUAUGACAAUCAAAGACCAAAAUUGUGUUUUGAAAUGUUGACAUAAGAAAAAAGUUUCUACGCUGAAGCAUAAAUCCAGCUUUAAAGUGAUGCAUGAUGUUGUCUUCUUCUUUUUCGAAAUGCUUAUAUCUUGUGGACAGUAGGGUUGUUCAGUUAUGAAAAACAUUAUGAUUAUAAUUAUUUGAGUUUGAUCACAUUUUUUGCACAAGCUUUAGCUCAAAAGUUUUAUAUAUUUUUCUAAAUUUUGUCAUUUGCAUAGUAGCCAAUCUUUUUUUCACAUAAGACAUGUAUAGGUGAUGUAUAAUCAAAUGAUUGAUAUAUAUGAUGGGGAAAUGUAUAUUCCAAUCAGAAAUGUCUUUAAAUUUUAGUGAACAACAGCUAAACCUGACUAUUCACUAACAGACAGGUGGCUGCAGUGACCAAUACUGUCUCUAUCAUGUUCUUUAAUUGCUAACAUUGUUGCAGAGGUUUAAAAACCUUGUACUACCAUGAUGUUCCAGUUUCACGAUGUAUUUUUUCGGAAAUUAGGAACACUAAGCUAUAUGAAAGUAAAAUAAAUAAUCUUUUGUGUGAUUGUUUGGAGCCAAGAUUGGAUUACUAAUUUAAUUAAUUGUACAUCCUCAGUGGACAGAGCACUUCUUUCUGCUCAGUAAGCUGAUGUCCAAGUUUAGCUGCCAGCUGUUAUUUAAGAUUAAACAUGAUCUUCAAGAACAGUUAGUUACCUAAAAACAACUCCAUAACCAAUGUUGGAUUUUUUCUUUAAGCGUAGACAUUUUGUACAGAUGUUCUGUUUCCAAAGGUUUGCAUACAUAAGACUUUGCUGUUGUGAUGCCAGUGAUUGGAGCUUCACCCCAGUCCCUCAUCCUGCCGCAGUCAUUCAAAUGGACUUUGUACAUAAAGCUGCAACAAAAUGCAUGACUAAACGGACAGUCCAGACCUCUAAACGAAGGCCUUCUAUAGCUCUGCAGGUUUGAUUUGUGUAACAUUAUGCUAACACAAACCGUCUAAAGGGAUGCAUGUUAUGAGUUUCUUCCUGUGCACCAGUAAACUCCUGUUAAGUGACUCUGUUACCUCCAUUUCUGUACGAUGCUACUUCACGAAUGAUACAAGAAUGUAACUUCUGUGGCAGUGUUGUGGUUUUAGCCCAAUGAGCUGAUGUUUGGAGUGUUUGGUUCUGUCCCAGCAGGUCAAGGCUCCCCUCCCCCCCAUGAAGAAAUUGACUGUUGCUUGUACCGCGUUCUCGUCACACUGUAGCAUCUCUCUGCAGUUGAUUGUGAAAGACCCUUUUUCAAACAAAUAGGAGAUGCCGCCCUGUAAAUGUUCCAGAUUGGCACGCGCUCUGAUUGUUUGCAUUUGUGGACUUGUGAAGCAUCUACAUUAUGCAGUCAGCUGCAUGACAUGAUUGACACAUUUGGCAGGUUCUUAUCCCAUGAUGUACUGGAUCUUAAUCUUGCUAUGCUAAAGUGGAGCGUGUUUUAAGACAUGUUUUUGUUUUCUGAUGUUGCCUACCAUGUUUGGUUCUGGGCUGGAUAAAGUGAACUGUUUCUGUUACUGUGCAAUGUUUUAGUCCACUAGUUGCUUCGCACUUUAACUGUGACUCACAAUACUCACGUUUGAGCUGGGAUUGUUCAGCCCGAUGUGAAUGCUGACUGUUUCAUAGAAGAAAUAUUUUAAUGUAAAAGAAAAAGAUGGAUUUUCUAUUUUCUUUUGGGAACUACACUUUGGCUUGUCCUGUUUGUUUUUUCUGUUUUUGUUUGAAGCUGUUAAAACUUUUAGAAGAUGCAAAAUCAGAAAGGGCUUAUUCCGGUGCAGCUUACACUCUAAUGUUGGAACUGAACGAAGGAUAUUGCUUUUGUGUUCCUGUGCUUCUAUGUUCCCCCGUUUUAUAAACUAAAUCUGAGACAUGUAAAAAUACGUGUUGAGGAACAUGCUUUAAAUUUAAAAUUGCACAGAACUGAAAGGAGACCUGUAAUUGAUUACUAUCUUUUCAUUCUUAGAUUUUGUUGAGGGAGAUUUUGGAUUAAGCACCUUCUCUUGCAUUUUCAGGGUUCCAACAGUCUGGAAAAGUAUCAAAAAAUAAAUCAGAGAGAAAAUGUUUCUGCAUUUACAAGCUAUCUCAAAACUUUCAAAAUACGGCCAUACGUUUAUCUGUCCCGUCAUUCCUGCGUGUCUAUCUGUCUUUCCUUCUUUAUGAAAGAAAUAUAGUGUCAUCAACCAACGUUUGUUUUGAAAUUUUAAUUUAUAACAGAAUUUUUUUCUGUUCUGUUAUGAAUAUGAUUAUUAUUACAAUUAACCCUAAGAAUUUACUUGUUAGGCUCAUUUGAUCACAUGAUACCAGUAUGUUGAUAGGCUAAAAGCUGCUCAACACCUUGUGGUGUUAAUUGCUUUGGCUUGGGUCACCAGAAGGUCACUACAUUUAUGGCAAAUAUAAAGUAAAAUAAAAAUUUGCAUACAUAAUUGCACAGAAUAUGAAUAUUGUAAUCUAAUACAAUAUUCCGUGUCUAAAAUAAACCAGAUUCCAUUGAGUCUAUAUUUCUUACACAUCACACAUCUCAGUUAGUCUUUUUGUAGAUUAUAUAUUGGACGUGUAACUUGACCUCUGUAGAAAUAUCUUGUAUAAGUAUACAGUGUAUCUCAAUGUUCUGUGUUUUAAUAUGAGCCAAAAAAGAUUAAUUGAUAUUAAACAUUUUGAUCUGAAAAACAUGCAGGAAACCUGAUUUUUCACUAUGUAUAUAUGACUAGGAUUAAACUUCCAGAAAUGGUGUCUUCCCUUCAAAAAUAUGAUGAUGCAAAAGCCGACCAAGUCUAAGGCUGCAAAAUGAUGGGACGUGCUAAAAGUUUGACUUUUUUCACUAGGCAUGUUUGGAUUUUGAAUAUUUAUACACUUUUAAGAUAAAACUAGGUGAAUUUAAUUCUCUUGUUGUGUCUGCUUGAUCAGAAUUUUGAGCUGGGGAACAUGGAACAAUGGAAACAUAAAUGUGAUCUAUUGUACCUCGGUUUUAUGUUUCAAUACUUUAAAAAAAAACAACCUUGGAGUAAAUUUGAGAGUUCCAGCUCUUACUGGGACUUUCCCUUGCUUCCUCAUUUACUUGUAAUCUCAAAAUCAUUACACUCAACAGCUUGUAUUUGCAUCAUCUACGCAAACUGUUACUAAGUGUACUACAAUGCUGUUGCAAUGCUUCACAGAAGUAGCUUGGACUGUAAAGCGAUGGUCGUUCAGUUUCUCACAUCUGAACAUAUGAAACAUUACAGGGUGGAUAGGUUCAUACAGGAGACACUAGUGUGGCAUUAGUCAUCAGCAAAUGCAGCACUAGUACUUGAUGUCAGAUUUGGCAGCUUGUUAACUUUAUAUUUCAGAGGUACAAAAUGUAUCUUUAGAGUAAAAGCAAGGUUAGAAUUGAAGAUGAAAGUUUUUACCUGACUUUUGUUUGUUUUUUUAUUAUUGUUUUACAUCUACACAGCUUAAAUUUUACUUUAGACUCCUUGUUUUAGUCUCAGAUAAACUCACAUUACGCUGCAGCACAACAGUCAGGUUGUGUUCCAAGAGCAUUGGAGAUGGAUUAUGUAUUUUGUCUAAAAGAGAAAAUGUGUCCAAGAUUUGCUGCUCAGUCAGAAAAUUAUGUCCCUUUAAGAACCAGAGGUUACUUUUCAAUAAAAUCUAUAUGACAGGCUCUAGAAAAAACAGUUUUAUGUUCCACUUUAAGCUUAUCGUGAGAAUAGCAUUAUAUCACUGUUGUCCUGUAAGUUGUAGUGAGACCUGUAGAUAAUUAUUUGUUGCCCUGUGAUUCUCUUUUAUGUGACCAUUUGUUUUAUAAAGCUGAAAGAAAACCCUUGAUUAAAUUGAAUGUGAAGGACAGAAUUUUUCUCUGCAUAUAGUCUUGAUUUUCAAAAAAUAUUGAUUCGAGACAUACAGAAAAGUUUUAUUUCUUAACAUCACAGCGUGUUGCUGUAGACAUGCAUGAUGUUUCAGUCCUCUUGUAAAAGUGUUUUGGUUAUUGUUUCUAUUUUGUAACCUGUAAAUGCAAAUUUAAAAGAUUAUUU